AACCGCGCUGAGGUCAUGCAGAAAUCCUGCAGAUGUGCCUUUAUGUUUGGGGAGCUCACCGAUAAGGAGACAAUAAGUAGGGUGGACCAUGUCCUAGAGCACCAGCUGUACGAUCAGUUCGAGAUCCUCUUGUACAAAAAGAACAAAACGCCGCUAUGGCUGCUGCUGCAAAUCUCUCCGAUAAAGAACGAACGGGACUUGGUGGUGCUCUUCCUGCUGACGUUCCGGGACAUCACCGCUUUGAAACAACCUAUAGAGACGGACGAUACCAAAGGAGUAAUAGGUUUGUCGAAGUUUGCCAAGCUAGCCCGCUCAGUGACAAGAAGCAGAUCGGUGCUGGUCUCUCAGUUCUCGUCGCACCUACCGAAUCUGAAGGACACCACCAAGCAGUCGCACCUGGCACAAAUGAUGAGCUUAAGUGCGGACAUCAUGCCACAGUACAGGCAGGAAGCCCCCAAGACCCCUCCACAUAUUCUACUUCACUACUGCGCCUUCAAAGCUAUUUGGGAUUGGAUUAUACUUUGUUUGACUUUUUAUACAGCCAUUAUGGUUCCUUACAACGUAGCUUUUAAGAAUAAGACAUCUGAGGAUGUAUCUCUAUUGGUUGUGGACUCAAUUGUCGAUGUGAUAUUCUUUAUCGAUAUAGUUUUAAACUUCCAUACAACUUUCGUUGGACCGGGUGGGGAAGUGGUCUCCGACCCGAAAGUUAUCCGUAUGAAUUAUUUGAAAAGUUGGUUCAUAAUCGAUCUUCUGAGCUGUUUGCCGUAUGAUGUAUUCAACGCUUUCGACCACGACGAAGACGGCAUCGGUAGCCUCUUCAGCGCCCUAAAGGUAGUCCGCCUCCUUCGCCUAGGUCGGGUUGUGAGAAAGCUGGAUCGCUACCUGGAGUAUGGCGCUGCCAUGCUCAUUUUACUGCUAUGCUUCUACAUGCUGGUGGCCCACUGGCUGGCCUGCAUCUGGUAUUCCAUCGGCCGUUCCGAUGCCGACAACGGAGUGCAGUACAGCUGGCUGUGGAAGCUGGCCAACAUCACCCAGAACCCCUAUUCGUACGUGUGGCCCAACGACUCCAGUACCCCCGAGCUGAUCAACGGGCCUUCGCGGAAGACCAUGUACGUCACGGCGCUGUACUUCACCAUGACGUGCAUGACGUCUGUGGGGUUUGGCAACGUGGCCGCCGAGACAGACAACGAGAGGAUUUUUACAAUAUGUAUGAUGAUAAUUGCUGCGCUGCUGUACGCUACGAUCUUCGGUCACGUGACGACCAUAAUUCAACAGAUGACAUCUGCCACCGCGAAGUACCACGACAUGCUGAACAACGUCAGGGAGUUCAUGAAAUUACACGAGGUCCCAAAGGCGCUGUCGGAACGCGUCAUGGAUUAUGUGGUGUCGACGUGGGCCAUGACGAAGGGCCUGGAUCAGGAUAAGGUGUUAAACUUCUGUCCCAAGGAUAUGAAGGCGGACAUCUGCGUUCACUUGAACCGGAAAGUCUUCAAUGAACAUCCCGCUUUCCGCCUAGCAUCAGACGGCUGUCUAAGGGCGCUUGCAAUGCACUUCACCAUGUCGCAUUCGGCACCGGGGGACCUGCUGUACCACACCGGAGAAUCCAUAGAUUCGUUGUGUUUCAUCGUCACAGGAUCACUGGAAGUGAUACAGGACGAUGAAGUGGUCGCUAUAUUGGGAAAGGGUGACGUGUUCGGGGAUUCUUUUUGGAAGGACAACGCGGUGGGUCAGUCUGCCGCGAAUGUGCGCGCUUUAACUUACUGUGAUUUACAUACUAUAAAGAGGGACAAGCUCCUAGAAGUAUUAGAUUUUUAUCAAGCUUUCGCAAAUAGUUUCGCGAGGAAUCUGAUCCUUACCUACAACCUUCGGCACCGGUUGAUUUUUCGGAAAGUGGCGGACGUGAAGAGAGAAAAGGAGUUGGCGGAGAGGAGGAAGAACGAGCCCCAGCUAGAUCAGAACCAGGACCAUUUGGUCAGGAAGAUUUUCUCUAAGUUUCGAAGGGACAGGAGCCAGCACGUUGCGGCUCCGGCCACCACGACCCAGUCGGAUGUCGAAAAAGGUGAGGACAGUAAUGACAAAGCCAUCUCAAGGGUCAUGUCGACCACGAAACUGUCAUCCGUGGCCGAGAAAGACGACAGUAGUGGCGGUGGCGUUAAAACUACAGUUGCCAGACCAGCUUCAGCACGGGGAAGUAAAUGGGGAAGAUUGCUUGGAUCUGCUAGCUUAGACUCGGCUUCGGAGAGUUCAAGCCAGCCACAGGCAUUCACAAGAAGCUUGAGCGCCAAAGACCCCAAAGAACGUCCCAGCUCGUCCUCAUCAGGUAGCUCUGGAGGUCAGCCUACUUCAGGGUCAGGAAACAAGAUCUUUCCCAAGCUUCAAAAGGUAUCAGCAACGUCAAGUCCUGGGAUUACCAGACAAGACACCAUAGACGAAAUGGUGGAAGUAGAACAACCGCAUCUGAGGAAUCUGUCUCUAAGGAAAAUGCAGAGCUACGACUGUGGGUUAAGAGACCCAUCAACUGCUUCAAUGUAUCAAUCUGCCGUCCCCGAAACCAUCGCUCCUCUAGAGUAUAAGGAAUUAAUUACUAAUCUCAUGGACUUUAAGGUAGACGUAAAACUAGAAAUUCAAAAGGUGAAUCAAAAAGUCAAUCGGAUAGAGGAAAUGAUUUCCGAAAUCCUAAAAAGGCUAGGUCCAGAAAGCGGUUCCAGUUCUCAGUCGCCGAAUGAAACUGAGUCAAAAACAAAGUCUUCCAACAACACUCCUCCCGAAAGGCCUACCGACUUGUUACCCAGAUCCAGUAUGUCGGAGGGAACAGGUCUGGGGCCUAUAAUACUGAAGAAAAGGAGAUCAAAAACAAGGAUGAAAGGCUCAGCGCCGCAGGCGCCGGCGAGUGGAAAGGUGACAUCACCUGACAGUGCCGCUGCAAGUCCAACGGAAACCACGAAGAUGCUCGAUGAGCCAGUACAAACCCCGUCCUAUCGGAAACCCAAGGACUUUCUUUAA